AUGGUGGCGAGACUUUGUAUAGUAGGAGUGCUCUCUAGCUUGGCGCUAGCACUCGACAUCGGGGCGAACGUGGCUGCAGAACUUUACGCUCUCAGCCAAGAGAAGACCGACAGUACGUACUUAUCGGCAGGUCAGACUGCUGGGGUGGAUGAACUCGGUGCCGACCAGCUGCAAGAACUGUCGACGGGUGCGACGGUGGCAAAGGGAGUGGUACAUUUCGUUGAAGCCUUCCGUCCCGACGUGGUUUGCCGCGCCAGUGAGUCGCAGGGUACGCAGCAGGCGAAGUUCCUGAGCAUGUUUAACAGCGUCCGCUGCGACGUCGAUAGUCUCAGCAACCAAGAUGACGGCUAUCUCUACACCACUUCGACUGACUGCAGCGAUUUCCAGAAUGCCCACCAGGUCCUCCGCUGUGGAGCUAACUCGGAUAACCACGUCUGCUCAGUCCGACUCGCUCUCGGCCCAGACACAUUGAAACUGUGCCGCUGUCCCUUCCCCCUACGCCAGGAUCCUGCCUCGACUGAACCGGCGACUGACGAUACACCCGCUCAAGGAGACGCACCCGCUCAAGGAGACGCCAACGACAACACCACCUACUGCUCCAGCGACGUCGCUGAAUGGAUCGGCACCUUACGCGGCGACGCCUGUCAAGACUGCACUACGAGCGCUGCACAAAGCGGUCGCAGGCAACUUCAGGACGCCGCGAAUAACGCUUCCGAUACUCUGGCACCGAGCGCUUCUGACGUGACGGCCUCUGCUGCGACCGCUUCUGCCGUGACCGUCUCUGCCGCGACCGCGGCUGUGAACAGCACGGCGGAUCACGGGGGCACCGCGUCCUCCGACGGACGCGGCAGUGGCUCUCUCGGCGAGAAUGCGCCCGCUUCCGCCACUUCGGUUGCCGCUUCGCCCUCGGCUUCGGCUUCGGCCUCGCCCUCGGCCUCGCCCUCGGCGGCGGCCGUGAGCCCGUUGCUAGAUCCAGGUGCGGCGUUAUCAGGUUUGUUUGACUUUAGUGCAUUGGUGCCGACUUUGGCUCCGUCAAGCGUUUCGGAGAGUUCGGCGGCGGGAGAAAAAGUGUUGGCGGCGGCAUCUGGUGUGGUGCAAGGGGCGUGUAGAUCGCGAGAGGACUGCGGGUUGUACGGGAGCUGCGUAGGGGGUGUGUGUGCUGCAUUCUACCCGGAUAUUGAGGAUGUGAAGUUGAUACGUUGUGUGGAGGGGUAUCGAUGCGAUGUGGCUGGUGAGUUAUCAGGAUUUGGUGUGACGAGUGAGUUCCAGAUAAUUGGAGUGAGUCCGAGUGAGAUGUGCGGUACUGCGGAGCCGUUACCGCCGAAGUUGUCAAUAUUUGCGAACCCGAAUCGUUGGCGUUGUGCAGGUGGAGGUUCGGGUCAGUUCUGUGAGUUUAGUCCUGGUGUAGGUCAACGGCGGAACAAGACCAUUGCGCUUGAGGGACUGCGACUCUGCGGCUGUCCGAACGCAGAUGUUGGUGGCACAGGUAGGGCGUGUGGUUCGGCUGCAGACUUUUUCGUCCCGUUGGCCAAGCUGGGUGUGCAAGAGUGCUUAACUAAUGCACAUUGCCUUCAUAAGACAUUCGCAUACUGCGUCAACGACCACUGUGCCGGCUUCAUGGGCAUCGCUGCCUCCGCAGGUAUGAAGGUCUACCAGUGUUUAGUAAACAAAUCCUGCAGUGUUCAAUCCGUUGCCGCCAAAACCAUCAGCGAAGGACUCAAGAUCGUGCCCGUUGCAGCCGCUUUCAGCUGCGGUGCUACGCAAGCACUAGACCCAGGCUACUAUGAAGAAAGCGCACUACCCUGCAUCAUGGACGUAAACGGGGACGGGCAGUGCGACAUCCAUCUAGGCGUACCCAAGGCACUCGGCACCAACCGCCUUUGCGGCUGCAACGGCCAGGACCGAGGCGGGAAUGGACGACCAUGCGACGAACCGGAGGAUUUCGACGUCGAUUUGGGUCUACUAACCGUCGACCAGUGCAAUGUAGAUACUGAUUGUGCGGCUGCAGGUGUGUGUGUAGCGAAUAAGUGUUAUGUAGACACGCAGGCACCCUACGCCAUCAGCAUCCGUCCCGCCAACGGUACGGCCGUGGUUCCGCCAGUUGCGGACAUCCGGAUCACUUUCUCUGAGACUAUCCGCUUCUCGGCUGCUACCGACCGACGUGUGGUCUUGGCUUCGCCGCUGACAGGCGUCAAGUAUGACUUUGCCGUCGCAGAUCCGACGUUGCGAAGCUCUGCUUCCGAACCACACCGCGUCCGUAUUGAAGGCCGCGACCUGGUCAUUACACCCGACCUGCGACUCUCCAGUAUACCCGAGGGCCACUACCUUCUUGGCUUCGAGGGCGGCAUCGUCGAAGACCUACAGGGCAACGGCAACACAGGCAGCACCGACUACCACUUCAACGUCACCUCCGACGGCGGUUGCCCUUUCCUCGGCGUCACCGGCUUUGCCAUUGACACGCUCAACGUCAACGGUAUCUACCGCGCAACCGGCGUACUGAACAACAAACCCAAAUGGACCAGCAUCGUGCCCACCGUUGACGGACUCGAUGACAGUAGCCAGAUCUUCUGGUUCCCUGGCUCCGCUACAAGUUCCGGUCGUUGGGUCGUCGGCCUCAGCCACGACCACACCAAGUUUCUCAGCUAUCUCGACAUUCCCUUCGAGACUGCCACAAACGUUACUAGCACGAGUGGUAGCACUAGCGCAAGUGCCAGUACCAGCAGUAGUGGGAGCAAGACGGCUUCAGGUUGGGAUAAGACGUCGCUGAGACCUGUGACGGGUUUGUGGAAGAAGUGGGCGCGAGGCAAGUGGGUGGAGCAGAAGUCGGUGAUAAUAGAGUGUAUCCAGCAGCGAAACAUUUCGCCGCCGAGGUUUACAGGUUCGGACCCGUUGCCGCGGGCUCGAGGCGUGCCGACGCAGGAAUUUGAAAUUUCGUUUAGCUUCGAUCGGCCGGUAACCUACGGGCACUGGAGUCAGAUUUCAUUCAGUGCCGUGGACGGCAGCCAUGAGGUGGUGGUGGACCCCGAAGACGAGACGGGGGUUCGCGGCCGCGUGUUAUUGCGUGAUUUGGAGCACAGUAAGAUGCGCGUAAGACUUGCGGAAGAGCUGAAGCCGGGCACUGAGUACUGGGUCGUGGUUGAUACGGGUGCUUUCACGGACUUGCAAUACAACCCUGUGGCGCCCAUUGUGCAGGGCGACUUCAAGAUCACCACUUACGGCGUUGGAUGUUACCCCUAUCCCGCGGGACCUUAUGACCACAUCGGUAUUUCAUACCACGAGGACGAUGCGCCUUAUGAGGCGGACGGGUUCGCGGACGACGAGGCAGACACCCGUAGUAUCCCGCAUGGUACCAAACUGAAGCUGGGUUGUUUGCAAAAUUAUUCACCGAGGUUCAAACAGGCGGAUGCCAUGAAGCAUUCAGAUCUCAUAUUCUUCGGCAAGCAGGGCGGCUUAAAGGACCUGGAUGGCAGUACUUCCACGUACGUGGUAUCGACGUGUAUGGACGGCGAUUGGGAUUACUUGAACCUACCUUGUCAGGCGGACUGUGGAGUGUACCCGCCGUUGGCGAACCAGUAUGAAGUGUCGGUGACGAAGGUGGCAACGGACGACAACGAUAUAGUGCCAUUUGCAAUAGGGUCGGCAAACCUAACGAUCUUCAAAACGGGUUCACAAGUACAACUCAAAUGCGCGGACCAUAGCGAGACCUUGUCGGGCAGUGCGCUGGGUGAGGUGAGCACGUGUGUGCAUGGCCGUUGGACCGCCACAAAUUUGCGUUGUGGCGCGACCUGUGGGCCCUUCCCGGACUUGGGGAAGGCCUACGCAGUGAUGUCGGGUACUGGCUUGAGCGUGGGCAGUAGUCGCACUAUUGCCUGCAACAGUGAUGCCAAGGGUGAUAGAGGCCGUACGGAGACGAUUGUCUGUGGCGAGGAUAGCAAAUGGCAGACGCCUAGCCUAAAGUGUUACUACAAUUGCGGACCGCUGGACCUUAAGGGUGUGUCCUAUACGUACGGUCUGACUCCGUUGACGGCGAGUCUGGCAGCGUCCAAGGCAUCGGGGGUAGCGGGCGAGACGUACGUCUUCAGAUGCGAAGACCAGACGGUACCACUCUUGGCGAACAACACCGAGGACUCGAUGCCGCAGUGGAUGGACGAUUACUGGGCCGAGGUGGACUCUCGUUUCCCCGUUUCUAACUCGGCGCAGCAGACACAACUUUCCUGCGUUGAGGGCGUUUGGACCCGCCGUCGUCCGUUGUCUUGUCAAAAGUCCUGUGGCCCCUUCGUUCCACCAGGUCCUGGGUACAACACAGUGCUGGCUCUCAGCUCUGAGGCGAGCACUUCUGGUUCCACAGGUCCAGGUGCUACAUACAACGUCACGUGUCGUGGGGAUGCAGUGGCGAAAUAUGCGGCCCCAGAUCUGCGUGUCGAUCAGAUCGUAUGCCUCAAGGGCGAGUGGACGCGUGUGAGUCACAAUGUGGAGUGUCUGGGAGCGUGUGCUCAUCCCGUUGUGUACUUUGGUCAAAAUUACCGCGUAGCGGACGAGGCCAGCAACGCACUAACUCUACCAUCCCGACCUUUCCAGUAUAGACACGGGAGCCAGCACUUUUUAGUGGAGUGUGCGCAAGGCACACAGCCAUUGUCAGCACCAUUGUUGGCAGAUCCGGGCUUGUAUGUGUUACGUGGAGCCUCACCGGCGGACCCGGAUGGACCAGUGAAGAUAAGUGAGGUCAAGGCGAUCCCGACGGUGUUCGAAAAUCCCAAUCAGGUGGUGACUUGUUACGACGGUGAGUGGAUACCGCUUGUGCGUCAGGGUGUGGAAAUGAGCACCAAGUCGUUGUUGCGCUGCUCGCCUUACUGUCCUUCGUUCAAUGCGAUUUAUUCUGCACGUUACUCGCGUCAGGACGAAGCCGUUAGCUUCAGUUGGGGCGCUCGUCGAUCCUUUUAUUGUGCCGCCGGCUUGACUGGCGGCCAUGUAGGCCGACUGGAAGACGGUGUGCUCAGCUUCGUGCCACGCGACUCCGUACAACUGGUGUGUGCACGAGGCGCUUGGACGGCGCCGCCACCCCCCUUCGCCACGCCGGAACUCGCACUGCCGUUGACGCCGCUGGGCGACGCGUUGGUCGUAAGACACGCACAAACCCGAACGGAGACGCUGCAAAUCGCCAUGUCAGCUGCACUGCCCUGCGGCCGCACGUGCGCGAAGAGUAGUUUGGAAACACUGGUCCGGCAGAAGCGGCUUCGGAUCGUGAAGCCCGCACGUAGCAGUUUGGCCAAGAACGUCGCACACGGCACACUAGUUGACAUUAGCUGCGACGUCACCACCACACGCAUUUCCGGACCCGCUGCAGAUCGCGUGGCCUGCAGCGACGGCGAGUGGACACUACCGCUCCUAGUGUGUGGGGCUGCGUCUUGCUCCGAUGGCGCCAUCAACGGCCGGGAAACCGAUGUCGAUUGUGGCGGCAGUUGCAGUACCGCUUGCCCAGAGACUCUGCACUCUUGCGAAACAACCGGUGCAUGUCUACCCUGCACCGACCUUCCCGAUCCCACCCAACUCUUUACCCUGGAGAUGCCCUCUUACACUGCCGGCGCCAUACUCAAUACACAUGACCUUCCACUACCGCACAAAACUCUCGUGCAUGCACAUCAUAACGAAAACUUCUACCUACCUCUCACCGCCGUUGCCGCCACCACCUACAUACCCUUCAUCUGCGUUAACGGCGUCUGGGAGCGUCUUCAAAAUGGCGCCUCAAGACGACGGCUCCAGACGACGGAUGAUGCCUCGGCGGCUGACGCCGGGUUGGUCAUGUCGGCAAACUACAGCCGCUCUCUUGACGGCUCCGAAUGGCAAGGCCGUGGCCUCGAGGCCGUGGACGGCCAAGUCGGAGAUGGCCAAGUCGCGGACGGCCCGGUUGAGGAUACGGACGGUACGGAGGUGGCUGGUAGUUGGGAGGGCAGCGAGUUACCGAAAGAGUUGACGGCGGUCUCGGCGUCGGGUGCACUGGCGGUGCAGACGGUAUCUUGUUCCGAUGGCGUAAUGUCUCGUGGCGAAUGGGGCAUUGAUUGUGGUGGCGUGUGUGCGCGCGUGUGUGCUGAUUGCUUCGACUCAGUGUUGAAUGGUGACGAAGAGUGGGUGGACUGCGGUGGGUCCGGUUGUCGAGCUUGCGGUGCCUGUGCGAUGGCGGAUUUGAAGGCUUAUGAUUCGAGUUCCUACGAUGUGGCGUCGGUAGCGAUCGACUUGGCCACGGGGAAUGUGACCAAGACGAGGGGAACGAGUAGUGGCUUCGACAAUAAGGUGGCGAUGUCUCAUGGGACGGGAGUGAGUAUUGGUUGCAGUUCGACGGCUGUUGUGGCUGGCGGGAAUGCGCCCCUGGAGCUAGUUUGUCUCGACAGGAGAUGGUGGCCGGCAUCGCUCGGUCGUGAGAUGUUGUUGGGCGCUACAGACGUCUCUCCUGCCGACUUCACGGCAUUACCCAUGUUCGCUUUGCGUUGCGAAGAGAGGGGCACACACCUUUUGGAGCAGCAGGUGCUCCAAAAGUUCCAAAGCCCAGGCUUAAGUUUAGAAUUUUGCGCGUCCCAAUCGAGCGAGUUCUGCUGUGGCCUGUUGCGAGCCUUCAAUGCGGAGAUGUCCGGCGAGUGCGGUGCAUUGCUUUAUGGUGGUAAGGUGCAAGCUUUCUGCAAGGGCGUCUGUUUCCAGAGACUCAAACAGAUUACUGACUUUUACGACAAACUGAGAGAGGAAACCGUGCGUCGUAACGCGGGUGGAAGCAUGGGUGAUGACGACGCCAAGGAACGCGAGAAGAGACGAAGUACUUGCGAGCAUGUAGCGGAAGCUGUUCGUGCUGCCAGUGACGCUUUUUGCUACACAAACACAAAUGAGGUGGAGAUGCGAAAGGAACAGGGCGCCCAAUCCGUCUUCCAUGGCAAGCUGAGCGAGUUCUGCUUCGCCACUGCCGGCACCGAUCUCGCACACCUUCGCACACUGGACGUCUACCAACGAGUCGCCGACAUCGAUAUUGCCUGCACCAAACACAGCUGCUUCCGCAACAACGUUGGCUACGUCGACACCAUGUGGCAGCUCAUACACCUACCCGACGUUGUCUUCGUCCGUGACUCCAACGCAGACGCCAACCUACGUCGCCUCUCCAGCGACUCUAGUUCCAAAUUCGACUCCAGUUCCGGAUUGGACAACACCGAACGUUACCUCGCACAUCUGAUGCAAAUUCGCGACCUUGAUCCCACUGCACCACUCAAUGCGGCUGUGGAUACUUUGCUCGCCAUGACUCAGGAGGAGACACCAGCAUUCGAGUACGAACCGGGAGCGUUGGAGACCCAACUGCCCCUCGACCUCUGGGAACCCUAUCAUCUCCUCGCCAACGGCAGUGCCCAGGCGGCGGGACGGCGCCUAAGUCCGCUGGAGCCGACUUGUCCGCGACGACGGCUCUCGGGACUGACGGGUGCGACGCCGGUAGUGAACAGUAUUUUCCGAGACCCGGCGAGUGUCCAGUAUACGGACGCGGUUGUGCCCCUCAUGUGUCUAAAGGAUAGUCAUGCACACUCGUGUGCACCGCAGUUCAAACAGUUGAUUGAGAGCCUGUCGCUCUGGGGCGGACAGACGUCAAUGACCGUGGCAGACCGCCACAAUCUUGGACGUGCGGUGGCGUCCCUCGCCGGUACGUGUGGUGACUCAUCUUGCUUCCUUCAGCUCUCGCGACAUUUGGGUCAGGAGGUCACAGAUCGCGGCAUCCAACGUGGUGAUCCGUACCAGCGGUUCAUGGGUCUGUUUCUCAAAAUGUUUGGACGGUACUAUUGCCAGAAUGACGCGCAAGGUGGCAGCUGUGCCAUCAAGCACCUUGGCUACCUCAUUCAGGGUAUGCAGCCGGGUAUGCAGCAACACAUGUCGGCGCGGACCACGGCUGUGGACCGCGACGCGCUCCUCGAUUUGUUGCCCAACUGCGACGCGAGCAAAUGUAACCUAGACUACAUUAACGACGGAGUCUGCGACCCGCAGUGUUUCAACGCCCUCUGCGGUUUCGAUGGCCGCGACUGCCUCGUAGCGAAUAUGUUUCCCGGUAUUGUGCAGCGUUUGCUCAAACCAAUCCCCCUCUCCAGCGAUUGUCACCCCCUCAACCGUAACCUCGAGACCUGUCCCAAGGAGUUCGAGUGCCACCGCACUAUCAGCAAAGCCGUCGUGAACCACGGCUGCUGCUUCGCGGUGGGCAUUGACAUCCUCAAGGAGGUUCUCGACCUGGAGUACUACUCGCACCCGCUCAUUCGUAAUGGUGCCGUCAGCUUCAAAGACUUGGGCAAACUUGUAGACGCCGAGGCGAUUCGAAAUCUCCUCAUCCCGCCGCCGCAGUACUCAGACGGGGACGGCGACUCCAACAGCCUCUGGUCCGGGUUCGGCUCUGGUUUCGGCACGAGAGGCGAGUUGGUGGACAGCGCCUUCCUCAACGGCUUUGACCUAAAUAGCUACGAAGUUUACACGCCUGCCCGGAGCAGCAUUUACUCCCAAACACUCUGCAGCAUCUACCAAGACCGCACCUGCAGCCGAGGCCUGGCCCGACGCAUUCUGGUAAUCUACUUCGAGGCUGACUCACCGAGCUAUGACGCGUUAGGCUGGAUGAUGGCCAGGCCGCCCAGCGUCAAACUGGCCGAAUUUCCUGCAGAUCUGAUCAAUUACCAGGAGUUCAAGACCGCCGUGGAGAACGAAGCGCCCGUCCUGCGUCUAAAGGUGUUAACGCGGAAAGCAUUGAGCGACCUGCUCGUGCUCCCACUCACCGACGUACGCGAAGUGAACGUGUGGCCCUCCGAAAACUCGCGCGCUUCGCUCAUCGAGAUCCUCGUGGACCCUUCGCUCUUCAUCGACGAGACCCAACGCACCCUAAACACCCUCCAGGAGAACGGGGAGUUUGGCGAUAUGGUUAGCGCCGCCGUGUUACAAUGGCGCAUGGGUCUCAGUGACGUGCUGGACAACUAUCUAAGUGUGUUCGAAGCGGGCCCCCAGAAGCGCCGUCUGGCGGCUACAAGACAACUGGCGGCUGCGGAGGUGGACCAGAAGAAGAGCGCGGCUUUGGACGUGGACACGGUACGUCAAGUACCGGUCACACUAAUCAAGAACGUCCAGUUCGUGAUCCAGACAUUGGAUCCUGCGCAGUCGAACAAGGUGAAUGAGUUGCCGACUGACGGCACGUUCGACUUGGGAUAUUUGGCGGGGCCACACCGGCUGUGCAGUGUGCGCGCACUCAUCUCGGAAACGGAUCCGUGGAGUCGCGGACAAAACAUUCCCUUCAGCAGUUACGAGUUACUGGGUGGUUCGGUGAGUGGUCAGGAAGGCGACACAGUGACAAUCGGUUGCCGAUCGGGUUUCCAGCCAUAUGCAGAUAUUGCAACAAAGACCCAGAAGGUUCUCUGCAGCAAUGGACGUUGGUUAGCCGCUGACCGGUCACCGCUACUGCGCUGUAUGAAGCCGUGUCCCUACUUCCACCUGCAGACGCCUUCGCCUGCCAUGUACCGCGUUGUAGGUGACGGUAUCAGCGCCGGCAGUGUGCGGCAGGUGUCUUGUGCAGCUGGUUAUGCGGCCACGGAUAGUCAGGCGAGUGAAGAACUGGUAUGUGUAAGUGGUCAGUGGAGUAAUCUGACCCUGCAGUGUAAGAAGGCUUCUUCUUUCGACCAGACCUGUGGUGGUGUUCCUCUCGAUUUGCUUGUCGAUGCUUUCCAUUUCAAGAUGACCGACGUCGUGACUACCGGCUUGCCCGACUCCAAGUGGUGGAAGGCCACGUGUCAGCGUGGCUACGAAGCCUCCUAUGGCACCGACCCGCUCUAUCUCGCAUGCGUGGAUGACCGACGUCUUUUCAGUUUCGGACUCAUGAGCUAUCAUCUUCAACAGACAUUGCUGAAGCAGAGCAACGGGGAAGCUAUUGAAACCGCCCUGACUCAAUUCACUGCAGACGGAAUCCGCUCCGGAGACUGUGGCGAAGUUGAGCUGGCUCGCCUGAUCUGGUCACCAGAUCUACCUCUCAAGCCGGCGGCCGGUUUGAAGCAACAAGUUACCACUCUUCGUUGCGACGAAGCGAUCGUCACCAAACCUCAACUACUUGUUGAGUCUGGUAUUGAUGACUGGGCCUACAUUGGCGUCGUGGCUGGCAUUGCCUUUGGCGCUACCGCUCUAUUCGGACUCUGGGGCUAUUACUGGCAGACACGUGGACGUGAACGACACAAUGUUAAAAAGGCUAAAAAGAUAGCAGCCAAAGCUAGACUCGAACAAGCCGAGCCAUUGCAACUAGAAACCUACGGAUCACCCCAGAAUGAUCUCCCGCCCCGUGGACAAAUCCCCGCCAACAAAUUCCCCUCUACCGACGCCAGUGAUGUUCUUCCAUCCACCAAACUCGUUUCACAACCACCACCACCACUUCAAGACCCCAACAAUCAACAGGCCCCCUGGAAAGACCACAGCAGCCAUGGAGGUUACUACAGCGACGUUGAAUACUACAUAAAACCACAAGAACAAUAA